AUGGCAAAGAACACAAAAGAAUCUUUUGAGUUUAACCGAACCGAGCGAUUACGCAGAACGAUAUUCCUAGAGGACUCAUCUGAAGACGAAUUGUUCGAAUACAAUAACAGGACAAAAACAAAGGAUAUUUGGGAUAAACCACCUGUCACUUUAAUGAAGCCUAAAACAAAAGUCAAAGUUGGAGGCCGUGCUGAUUCCUCACCUGUUUCUAUUAAGCCGAUUAAAAUUGUUAAAAAAAAAAAACCAAUAAGAACCGAUCGUGUGAUUAACGAUAAUGUGGCUAACGUGAAACCAAAACAAGUGGAACCGACUAUUAUUAAAAACGAAAAUAAACAAUUGGUCAAUCAAACGUUAAUAAAAAUUAAAAGACAA